CACCUUUUUGGAUCACCCUGUAGAAUAAAAUAUAAUUUCCACUGCAUGGGUUAUGAACAUUCCUUACUUUAUGUUUUGCAUAUUGCCUGAUUGAGAGAACUAGGGCGGUAAUAAAUUCAGAACCAUCACUGACCAGUAUUUUCUGGAAAGGAAUCGAAAAUAAAUCCUCAACAAGAUGGGUUCAUCGUCCGAAGCGGCCUUCGCCGAAGAGGUCCUGCAGCUUCACAACGAGUAUCGGGCAUUGCAUGGCUCUCCUCCGCUGACCCUCGACAAAGAGAUGUGCAAAUACAGCCAAUCAUGGGCGCAGCAAUUGGCACAAUGGAAAGAACUGAAACACCGGCAAGGCGCAGGUCGAGAUGAAGGGAAACAAUACGGGGAAAAUCUUUUUAUGUACGGGUCAACGGGAGAAGCUCAUGUCAAGCCCAAAGAUGCUGUUGAAUGUUGGUACAACGAUAUCCGGAACUACAAUUUCAACUCUGCUGGCUGGUCACGCAAUACUGGCCACUUCACGCAGAUGGUGUGGACAACAAGUCGUCGAUUGGGGGUGGGGAGAGCCAAGACAAAAGAUGGCAAGGCCUGGUACGUCGUCUGUAAUUAUGAUCCACCAGGGAAUUGCACUAGACGCUACGAUGAGUUCGUACCACGGCCCAUCGUUCAAACUGGGAAAAAAGUAGUUCAUGACACAGCCCCCAGUCGCUCUAACGAAGUCGAUGACGAGGCCGAGAACAUUCGCCGUAUGAAGAUCGAUGAUGAGACCACCCCCCUUGGAGACUCUCACCAUUCUCCAGAUGAAGAAUCAGAUUUCGAGAGGGGGAUGCUGAAACGACACAAUCACCAUCGGAAGAAACACGGAUCGCCUCUCCUAAUUUUGGAUAAAGAGUUGAGCAGGCAGAGCCAAGAAUGGGCAGAGACACUGGCAAAAGAGAACCGAGGGAUGAAGCACCGUCCGCAAGAGAAAUACGGCGCUUGCUUGUACCAAAUCAGCGGCGAUAGCUGUACCGUCAUUCCGAAGGACGUAGUGGACUUCUGGUACAAGAAGAUGAAAGAUUUCGAUUUUCAGAACCCCGAAGGAAAUGCUGCCACAGGAGGGACUCAAGUGAUUUGGAAGGACUCACAGCGCUUGGGAGUGGGGAAGGCCUCGACGGAAGACGGAAAGACGUGGUUUAUCGUGGCUUACUACGAUCCGCCUGGAAACGUCACAGGAAGAUUUGCUGGAAAUGUCCUUCCUAGAAGAACUUCUUCCAGCUGAGACUAAAGGCGUCCGACCAUGCUGUCGAUUUAUUAUUCUGUUAAAUGAUUGAUUUCUCAAAUGACCUCAUGAAUUUCUCGAUGGUGACUCCCUCAGAUGUUUGGCAGCGGUUAUAGUUUCUAUACCUGGUUAUGACCUGAUAGCAAGCAUACGUACAUUAUAUCCCCUUCAUGAUAAUUGAAUUCUAUUGCUACCGUUACGUACUCGGGCUGAUGCAAAAUCAUUGGAAGUCGAGGAGGAACGGUAGGGAAACACUACACUGACAUUCCCGGGAUUUCAUUUAUGUAUUAACAUAGUACCUCACAUUCUCCCCCACACUUUUGGCAUCGGAAUAUCCAACCUUCAAACCCAAAGACGAAAUAUUGGUAGGGCUGUUUCAUUGCGUGACAUAGCGUGCAAAUUCUACUUGCACAAUAAAUCGUUGGCUCAACAGCAAUAUUUGAAGUAUUCUGAUUCUGCCG